AAAGUGAGAUAGAGUGACAGACAUAGAGAGAGAGAGAGAGAGAGUGUGUGUGCUGACAUUUUGUUCCAAAAAGGAUCAUAUUGGAGUUGAAGUAGAUUCAGAUUGUUUGGAACACAAAACAAAAAUCAAAAUCAAAACAUGGGGUAGACACAGUUGGAUCCUUUUUUACUACCUUUACAGAUACCAGCCAUGGCUCUUACUAUAUAUAUAGUUGGUUCUGAAGCUCAAAACAAUCAUCAGUCAGGCUGAUAUAUUUCCAAGAUAGUUUGUUGACUAAAUAAAGUGCCUAGUCAUGAGAGUUCUGAAGGUUGUGUGAGCUUCUUCAGUUUGUCAUUUGUUGAUUUUGGUGACAUGAACUGGAGCACUACUAAAGCUUCUUUCUGACUCAUUGCUAUGGAUGAAGAAUUCAAACUUCUGGAAUUGUUUCUACUCCUGUCUGUGGGAUUUGAAGUUGAUAUUAUAGUAUUAGCUACAUUAUAUUUACAUGAUGUUAAGUGUUCUUCCCAGAACUAUGGCAUCGCAGUAAAUCCCAGCUCUUAACUUUACAAAUGAUGUUUUGAUAAGAAAACCAAGAAUGCAGAAGCAUCAAUACAAUUCCAUUGAUCCUAGAAAUGAGGAAUUCCCUCCUGCGCCACAGUCAGUCGUGCAAGACCAUCUUGACGGCAUGCAUAUCAAUGCACGGCCUUCUCCCUAUAACGUGUCAGACAAUAAACCUGUUCAUAAUUUCUCCAUACAGACUGGUGAGGAAUUUGCUCUUGAGUUUAUGAGAGAUAGGGUAAAUCUCAGGAAGCCCGCAUUUCCAAACGUUGUUGGCGAUCCGAAUUAUGCAGCAGGGUUUAUGGAAUUGAAAGGUAUUUUAGGCCAUGCCGGAUCUGAAAGUGGGCCAGAUAUUUCUGUUCUCACAACAAAGAUUGAGAAAGUUCCAAAAGAGUUUGACAGAAGGAACUCUUUACACCCAAACACAAGUAACUAUGGUUCAGCUCGUUCGAUUCCUAGAACUUCAUCUAAUCAAGACAAUAACCGAGUUCUUCAAGGUAUUACCUCUUCUGGAUCUUCUGGCAGCUCAUCAAUGAAGAUGAAGGUUCUAUGCAGCUUUGGUGGUAAAAUAUUGCCACGGCCCGGUGAUGGAAAGCUUAGAUACGUCGGGGGUGAAACGCGUAUUAUUAGUAUAAUGAAGGACAUAAGUUGGCAGGAGCUUAUGCAGAAAAUGUCAUCAAUUUAUAAUGAAGCUCAUGUAAUAAAGUAUCAGCUCCCUGGAGAAGACCUUGAUGCACUAGUUUCAGUGUCUUCUGAUGAGGAUCUGCGGAAUAUGAUGGAGGAAUGUCAUGAUCUGCAAAGUCGAAGAGGAUCACUAAAGCUUAGGGUGUUUCUGUUCUCUAUGAAUGAUCUGGAUGAUACUCGGUUUGGUCUAGGCAGCAUUGAUGGUGAUUCUGAAAUCCAGUAUGUAGUUGCUGUUAAUGGCAUGGACUUGGGAUCAAGAAGCAACUCAAUCCUUCAUGGUGCAAACAGUUCUAAUAACAUACGCGAAUUGGAUGGACAAAAUUUUGAGAGGGAUGCAAACAGAGUAUUUGGUGUCAGCAGUUCAAACUUGAAUGGCAAUGAUAACUCGUCAUUGAAAAUUCCGGCUUCGAAACCAAUGUUACCAACCUCCUCAGGUGCUUAUGAUGCCUAUCCGUUCUUUUAUGAUGACCAGAUCAUUCAGCAUGGGGGAACUGGUCAAUAUCCUCUACACCAUGACCCUUCUAACCACUCUGCUCCGAAUCUUGGAGGGACUCCAGUUUCUGCGCCUACUCGCGGCUUUAUUAACCAAGGAGUAGUGUUUGAUGGGCAAGCAUCCAGUGAGUUGCAAUCGCAAAUUUCAGAUAUCCAAUCAAUGCAGGUAAAAAGAAAGGGUGAUAACUUCAUUCACACAGGCAAUAACUCGGGGAAAGUUUUGUCCUUGGAAGCACCGUAUCCUAUUCCUUCGCAGCCAUUUGAGGGAAGUUUGCAACGCAAUUUAUCAGAGGUAUCAGUCACAGCUGCGGUAUCAGAAAAUAGGGUUAAGCACCAGCCACCUGAAGAUGCCUCUUCAUUGGUUAGUACUACACAGAUUUCUAAAUCCGGUGAAGAUGACUUCUACACUACAUCGGCCGACGCAUUCAGUCAUGCUCGUGUUGAUGCUGAGUCCAAUGUGAUUGAUUUCAGUUGCCUUGAACCACCUCCACUUCCUAACAGAGUCUAUUAUUCAGAGAUGAUUCCCAGGGGGCAGGCAGAUUUGCUGAAUCGAUCUGCAAAGUCAGAUGAUGCGUAUGGUUCUCACUUACUCAUGUCAGAUUUACUUUCCGAGUUGAACCAGAAGAACUCGGUUACAGAAUCCAGUGACAUGCUGCACAAUGAAAAUCUAUCAAAUCUGAACACAGUGUCUACCUCAUCAGCAAAGGCCUUGCACGCAGAUAGCCAUGCCAUUGGUGAAACCAAGGGCUCGGAACAUCUGGCACCUUAUCAGGUUCUUCCUGUUCAACAUAAUGAGAUUCAUUCUUCAAAAUUUCCCGGCCCCGAUUCGGGUGAGGUUUCUACUAGGCAAUCCAAUAAUGAAACUAAUGUCCAACCGUUGCCUUUUGGUUUAAGUGGAAGCACAGGCCAAGAUGUUUCUCAAGAUUUUCCCUCAGGUGCUAAAUCCAAAACUGCUCAAGGUGACAUUCUGAUUGAUAUCGAAGACAGGUUUCCCCGUGAUUUGCUUUAUGAUAUGUUCUCGAAAGCAAUAUAUCCUGAAGAUUCCUCAAACAUUGGUCCAUUACCAACAGAUAGAGCAGGUUUGAGCUUAAACAUGGAGAAUCAUGAGCCAAAACGUUGGUCAUAUUUUCAAAAGUUGGCCCAUGAGGGGAUUGAUAAUGUUUCUCUAAUUGAUCAGGAUAAUCCUGGUUUUCCAUCUUCUGUAAGAAAAGUACCAGAAGGGGAUAGUAAAUCUCAGCAAUCUGCUCCUCUACCAGCAGAUUAUGUUUUGACAGGACACAAGGAAUCCAACCAAAAUUUUGGUGAGGAAAAUCAGAAAAACUUACCUGUAACAACUAUAACAGAAGCCAAUGUUAUUCACCCAAACUAUGACCAUUCCCAACUUGAGGGAAAUGAAACUAAGAAUGUGGAUGCCAUAGUGGAAAACAUUAGACCACAGGAGUCUAAAUAUCAGGAUGAAAACAAUGAAACAAGGAAUGUGGGUGUAGCCACACAAGAUUCAAGUUUGGGGGAGUUUGACAUCACUACUUUGCAGGUUAUAAAGAACGAAGAUCUUGAAGAACUGAAAGAACUUGGAUCUGGUACCUUUGGGACUGUGUAUCAUGGAAAAUGGCGUGGAUCAGAUGUUGCAAUUAAAAGAAUAAAGAAAAGCUGCUUCGCUGGUCGAUCUUCAGAACAAGAGAGACUGACCGUAGAGUUCUGGAGGGAAGCCGACAUACUUUCCAAGCUUCACCACCCAAAUGUGGUAGCAUUUUAUGGUGUAGUUCAGGAUGGGCCAGGAGAAACGUUAGCCACUGUUGCAGAGUACAUGGUGGAUGGUUCUCUUAGGCAUGUUUUGCUUCGUAAAGAUAGGUAUCUUGAUCGCCGCAAGAGGCUUACAAUUGCAAUGGAUGCAGCUUUUGGAAUGGAAUAUUUACACGCAAAAAAUAUUGUUCAUUUUGACUUGAAAUGUGACAAUUUGCUUGUGAACUUGAAGGACCCUUUACGGCCAAUAUGCAAGGUUGGUGAUUUUGGCCUGUCAAAAAUUAAGCGAAACACCCUGGUGACUGGUGGUGUGCGUGGAACUCUACCUUGGAUGGCACCGGAGCUGCUGAAUGGUAGCAGCAAUAAGGUUUCGGAAAAGGUGGAUGUGUUCUCUUUUGGCAUUGUAUUAUGGGAGAUACUUACUGGUGAGGAGCCAUAUGCUAAUAUGCACUAUGGUGCAAUCAUAGGAGGUAUUGUGAAUAACACAUUAAGACCCGCAAUCCCCAGUUACUGUGAUCUGGAGUGGAGAACGCUAAUGGAGCAGUGUUGGUCACCUAAUCCCUUGGUCAGGCCAUCUUUCACAGAAAUCGCUCGCCGCUUGCGCGUGAUGUCUGCAGCAGCUACUCAGACCAAAGGACAGGGACACAAGGCAUCUAAAUGAUAAUCAACAGAUUUGAUUUGAUGCCCAUAUAUGUAUAUGUAUGUAUGUAUGUAUUCAUUCAAUUAAAGCUACAAAAUAAAAAGCUAUAUAUUACAAUUGUAUGAGGACCAGCCAUAGAUGUUUGUAUUGUAAUUUUCUGGUCACUUCACGUGCUCUUUCUGUUUCUGAUUGUAAAGUGUGAAACCAUAUAAGUUGGAUUGUGCAAGAACAUUUGGACUUACACAUAAUGUUAUUAAUUACCACAGGGUUUUUUGUCCA